GCUUGUCGACGAGCGCUGAGCUGCGCUGAGUGCGGCAGCUGUGUGGGCUGUGUGGGGCUGUGCCGUGUGCGGUUGUGUGUCGCUUCAUUGGCGAGCUCUGGGGCGUCACACGCGCACACACCGGACGAAUUCUCUCUCGGCCCGAGUCUCUUUCCCGACUUCGUUGUGUGUGUCGCCUCGAAGCCUGCCGCCUGCAUCCUCUCGAUGAGAACGCAUCCACCUCUAUCCGUCGUUCUCUGCUCGGUCUGCUUGGGUACGGGCCGCCACGGAUGCAAACAUGGAGCCGUCUGACCGUCUGUUGCUCGAGCCUGGAGCUCUUUCCACCGCAGUCGGCUUCUCUGCCUGACACGCGUACAUCGCACCACGAGACUCUAAACUAACCGCGAACCCCGCCGGAACUGGUCGUCGCUGUCGUGGAGUUAUUUUUUCCGGGAAAAAUCGUGCAGUCGCUAACCAUGCGAGAGGACGUCGGCAGGUCUUCCGUUGCCCCACAGUGACGAUCGUGGACUUGGAAACGCGUUUCAACAAAUACGUGGUGGCUCGAGGCUGCGAAAAUGCGCAAGAACUGCCUGGCGCGGGCGCUGUACGACAACAUCGCCGAGUCCCCUGAGGAGUUGGCCUUCCGCAAGAAUGACGUGCUCACGGUCCUGGAGCAGAACCCGGGUGACCUGGAGGGCUGGUGGCUGUGCGCGCUCCGAGGCCGCCAAGGGUUGGCCCCAGGCAACCGGCUGCGGCUCAUGCCAGGCAUGUACGACCCGACGGGCUUGGGUUAUGCCGCGCCAACGGGGAACCCGGACCUUGCGGCCACCGUGCCUCCGGCGGCGCCCGCGGGCACCUACCCGGGGCCCGGUCAGCGCCACGCCCGCCGCCGUUCGUGGCGGGUGGACCCCAACAAGGUCAUUACACCGAGUAAAGUUGGAGAUGUGUACCUGUAUGAUGUCCCAGUAGGUGCCAAAGUUACUGAAGAGUAUGAUACUCCUGCUCAUUCCACGCUUCCAAGACCCUCAGGCCAUGUCCACAUAGACACCGUAGUUCCAGCACCUCAAGAUGGAAGGAAAUCAAUGCGCACAUUACCAAACAUGGCUUAUGAUGAACCACGUCCUUCCAGCUUAUCGUAUGAUUUACCUCGGCCUUCUGUUAACACUCGUUUAGAGCUUCCUUCAUCUACAACAGCUGGUACUGAAUCUUAUGAUGUGCCUCGGCCCAAGACUGACUACGAUGUGCCGAACUCUGAGCUUGUGGGAACCUAUGAUACACCACCACCUGCCCGAGGAAUCGCAAAGGGGACACCCAGCUCUGUCUAUGAUGUUCCUCUUGAUAGUGGCACUCCACGAUGUGUGCUGGCAGCCAACUACGAUGUUCCCACCUCAGGCCGGUCAAGUGGGGUGUCUCUGCUCUCGACAAGCUCAUCUUCUGCAGGAGUCUCCCCAGCUAGCAGUCAGUCCAGUUUGAACACAUCGCUGUCCUUGUCCAGUCUGUGUGGAUCAAACAGAUCCAGCUUGGAGCAAGGCCAUGAAAUGUAUGACAUCCCAACCAGCAGUUCUCGACGUGUUACUGAUGGACCUCCGAGCAGAACUCAAAGCCCCCGUGGUAACCUCGGUGCUGUGCCUCCACCGCCUGGCCAUGGCAUGACCCUUUUGCAAUUUUAUGAUGUGCCAACCAACAAUGCACCUGCACCAUUCUAUGACACGCCUCCCAAAAGAGCACCGGCAGCACAGACAGUCUGCAUGGAAGGCGUGUAUGAUGUUCCUCCACAGGUAACACGUGAUGCUCCAUUGCCACAGCCAAUGAUGGACGAAACGGAUGCUUCCAGGCGACAUUCCUCAUCUAGUAGUGACUCACGUAGUUCGCGCGAUUAUGAGACUGUUGGAGACCUUAAAGAGCUCCACCUAGAGCGUGAUGCAGCUCUUGAGGUUCUGGUAAAGGUCCAGCAAGAGUUGACAAGUGCAAUUGGGAAGCUGUUUUCACUUACUCACUCCACACUGAAGCGACAGGAAAGUGUCACCGCAGAGAGUCGACUCUAUGACAUUAAAACAAGCUGCCACAAGCUACGAACUUCUUUGAAAGAGUUUUUAAACUUUGCCCAAGGUGCCCUUGCCAAUGCAUCGCAUGUGGAGGACCGGAAACUUUACCAAAAGUUGGCCCGAUUGACAAAGCCAUUGCUGGACUCACAUCAGGUGGUGGUGGCAACUACCCAAGCCUUGGACGACAAAGGCUGGCAGCUCUGUAUGUCUCGUGAAGCUGGCCCUGAUGAGCUAGACCAGCUGAUCGCAUGUGCUCGGGGGCUGACAGAGGAUAUCCAGCAAGUGGCAUCAACUAUUCAAGGGAACUCGACGCUUAUCUUCAAGAAGUCUCCUCUCAUCAGUGAGUCUGGGAGGACUUCGCAAGAGAGGCCUUUACCGGUGCCGCCAAGAAAAGAGGAUGACCAGUGGGCCAGCGAUUACGACUAUGUGAACCUUGAAUCCAAGGCAUCGGUCGAGCGCGAGAAUGAGGAGAUCAAGGCAGCACUGCCAGCUGAGUUGAGCCAGUCUUUUGACAAAUUGUUGCAGCAGUCGCAGCUCAUUGUUGAAGGCAUCGUGCAAGAACCGCAAGCUCUGUCCAGCAUGCCUGGAUUGGACCAAAAUGACCUUCAGAUCCUCAACUUUUAUGGUGCCCAGAUUGACACCCACAUUCUAUUUCUGACUAAUGCCAUUGAUGCCUUCUUGGCUACCAUUGAGAACAACCAGCCUCCAAAGGUGUUCAUUGGGCACAGUAAAUUUGUCGUGAUCAGUGCUCAUAAGCUUGUGUACAUGGGGGACACAGUGUACCGGAAUAUUGUGAAUGUAGACAUUAAGAACAAAGUUUUGCAGUGCUCAAGUAACCUGUGUGAAGCUUUGAAGAUGCUCAUCAAUAGCACUAAGAAAGCAGCCUUGCAGUUCCCAUCAGUGGCAGCUGUGCAGGAAAUGGUGGACAGUAUUGUUGACGUGUCACACUUGGCCAAUGACCUGAAGGUGGUUGUUAUGCAGGCUAAGAGGUAACCUGGGUUGUCCCUUCCUGGACGUGCUCAAGUUGCAUCUUGGAAGCCUACUAUUGAGCGGCAGACACAUUACGCUUGCACUUGCAAAAGCAGAGCACACUGAUGUUGCAGCACUUCUUAAAAUAUAAUGGUGUGCUUCUAAUGAAACCAAGGUCAUUGAAAUUUGUAUAAUGCUGAAGUUUGCUGCAGUAGGCUCAGUGCACUGCAUUGACUUUGUAUCUUAGCAGUAGAGUUUUUACUAUUGUUAGUCUCCUCAUGUUUACCUCUUCACAAACACACACAUACACGCACAUACUACAUAUAUACAUAUAAUAGCGUGCACACAAAACAGGGUGACCCGUGAACCCCAUGUUGUUCACUAAUACGAAAAGAAUAUAUAUGCGUCGCAGUUUUCUUACAGCUGCAGCAUAAUCCCCAAAUGCAGUUGCAAACAGGGUAAGGAGACAAAGCAUGAAUUUUGUGCCAAUAAUUGCCACAUUGGCUCAACCAACUGCAUUUCCUGUGACAUUUUCUUUCAGUCGAUGUCUUUAAUGGACAUAUUUAUGGGGAAGCAUAGCACGACUGAAUAAAAUCUUGGGUGGCAAUGCGCAGAUCAGCAAGUUGACAUUGAUUACACAAUGUAUAUAUUUUGCAAAUAAGCCAUGUUUUCUCAAGAUAUCUUAGUAACACUUUAAGAUAUACAUCGACCUUCACAUCAGAUAAGCUUGACAUUAUGAUUAAACGAAUUAAGACAGAAUGAAUUAUUCUUGCACUCUGUGUAGUGAAGCAUCUAUUUUUGUUACCAGUGGCCAGCUGUUUUAGUACUGAAGAACUCUGAGGAAUCACUUCUAUCAUAUUUGUGGUUUUGUGGUCUUCUUAUCAGUUUUAUCCGAACAGUAGAGCUUGUAGCCUUGUGUCUUCUGUUUUAUGCAGCACAGCCAAACACUGCUCAGCACCUCAUAGGUUCUGCUUUAAUAUUUUAUGCACUUAGUCACAAAGCAAGCAUUGUCAAGAGACAUGCAUUGGUGAUUUGAGAGACUGCUCGGUACGUUUCUGCAAUGUUCAAGCCAUCACACACACUUCAAUGCAGUAUUUGCACUUUAUUGUAGGCAAUUCAGUGGAACCAUGUUUAUCAUAUACUCGGAUGUCUAUUUCCAUGUUGCUGUGGUUUGAUGUAAAAGAGUUGCACUCGCACUAACUCCUCAAAUGCAGCUUGAUCGUCUGUGUACUAAGUUAAUGGAAGAUUUUAUCCAGCAAGGGAGUUUAAAUGCUAUGUUUAUGCUUUAAUUAUCUUGUAGCUUCGGUCCACCAUCAAUUCAUUCUCAAAGUAAGAACCACACUGAGACAACAAUGCUGUUUGUCAGUUUGGCUGCAUUGGUUGACAAACUUGACACUAUAUGCAACAGGAAGAUGAUACGUGGCACUCUUGUCAUUCUCUUAAAUGCUUAGGUGACCAUCAGUGUACAGCCAGGCUUGUUUUUCAUUUGCGCUUUCAGAGCAGUAGUGAAUUUACUGUUGGCAGUAGAACCAAGUUUGCAAAUGUUUGGUAGAAGCAUGGUCCAUUACAACCUGCAGGAUAUUUUGCAAUAACAUUGAUUACUAGAUGACACAACUUAUAUAAACAUCUUCUUAGGUAAGUGAAUAUGAAGCUUUUCGGUUAAUGUUGCAUUAUGUUUAUUUCACUAGCAUGUAUGGCACAAGUUCACUUUUUUUGCCGGUGCUUUUAAUGUCGAUGAAAAUUAGGCGCAAGUAUCAUGUCCAAGCCCUACUUCUUUUUAGGUGAAAAUGUGCCCUUGGCAUAAAAUAUUAACGUAGAAAACUUAAAUCUGCAAAAUUAAGAAAGAAAAAGUUGAAAGCUACAGGUAUGAAGUAGAGAACAGCGUGGCUAUUCAAGAGGUUUUUUAAUUUCUUCUGUUACUUUUUACCCACAGUCGUGUAAUAGGCUAGUUGUACUUUCAAAUGGCCUCUCGUUUUCAACAUGACCUUAGCUGUUAUAAACUAAGUGCACAGAUUGCUUUUGGUCCCAAGUUUCAAGACAAACUAUUAACAAAAUAUUUCGGUACUUCAAACAAGAUUUUAACUACUGUGGAAUACUCCAGUGGUAAUUGUGAUAAGCGAAUGGGAAAUUAGAAUGUGCUGUACUUGGCAUCUCUGUGAAAGAUGCAUUGCCUGAUUUUUUAAAAUGUGCAUUAUUUUAUUCAAGGAUCUGCAUUGCAGCAAAAAAAAAAGCCAUGUGAAGUGUAGGUUAUAAAAUUUUAACUGUAAAGGACCUUCAGCUCUCUUGGCUUUUUCUUGGCUGAACUCCUGAUAACUAGACAUACCCACAAUAAUUUUUUGGCAUUGUUUGGUGCUAGGCUAUCAGACUUUCGGUGCAAGGAAUGCGGACUACGUACAACUUCAAAUAUUGGCAUGCAACAGCCUCAAGUGUCCCUUUUUAAGUAAGAGAUUAAAUACUUGUGAUCAGUGUGCAAGGCCCUGAACAUGCACAUGCAUCUUUGAAGCACUCUCAAACACUUGCAUGAAAUUUGUUCUAGAACUUUGUAUUGCUUCGUGCACAUGCAGUGAAUUGCUUGAUUUUUACUUAUGACUGGAACGAUUUUAUGUCCGAGCUCCAUAGUAUGGCUGCCGGUGGCUAUUUGGUGAUUGAUGCAAUAUCUGGUCAUUUAUCUGACAUUCAUUAGCUGGACUGAACAGGGACUUGUUUACUUUGUUCAGCAGAACAAGGCUGCAAAAGCAUUGUUAUGACAUGGUUGCACAGAUGCUGCCACUUGCAGAAAGGAGUGGUCAUUCUUUUGACAAGUUUGAUUUUGACGAGUGCCAAAGACUGCAAGAACCUCAUAUAUGAGAGUUUCUGUAAGGUGCAAGGACAGAGGAUGGUGUGCGGGGAAAAUUUUGUUCUCCGAGUGCUGUGUUUGAUAUCUGACGAGGCAUACUGGCCUGCAAUAUUACCAGUGCAUGGAACAUAGCCCUACAAACUGCUUGUACUGCAUUUAUCGCUUCUGAAUGGACUUUUAUAAUGGUCGGAUCUUUGUAUGGUAUUUGGAGAUGUAGAUCUUUUAAUGACUACGUUUCUAGUGUCCACACUACAUGAGGAAGGCAGGUCAUUUGUUGAUCACUAAAGGCAGAAGACACAUUCUUGUGAAAUGGGAAUAAAACAAUGUAAUUUUUGUUGGUGUAAAUGGAGCAUGCUUAUUGAAACGAGCUUUGCGCAUGCCCGCUACUGCCUAGUUCGUGUUGCACAUGCGUACUUGUUUUCACUUCACAUACAUACCGACACACAUGAAGCAAGCUUGCAGAUGAGCCACAGUAUUGUGCAACUGAUGAGAAUGUAUGGUGAGCACUCUGAAUUUAUACGCUAUUUUAGGGCAGCCUCUACUAUAGAGUUUUGCAUGCCAAGUGAGUCUGCUUAAACUCAGUUCCUGGUAAAUCUUGCCUCAUUGCUGCCCCCCCCAAACUUUGGAGAGUUCAGUGUUCCUAGUCAGAAUGUUACUUCGAUCUCAGUGCAAUUGGAAUCAUUCCUACUGCAAAAGUGUAAGAGCGCAAGCCAACAUUCUGUGCAAUUCUGAAGUGCUAGCCCUUAUUCUUUUUUUCAACACCUUUGACUCUCCAUGUGGCCCACCAGUUUGUAUUUCAAUUCCCAUUUGCUCAUUGUGUAAUGUGGCUGGUUUCACAUUACCUUUGUACACAUAUGGGAAGUAGCUGUGUUGCUUUCUGUGCUGUGACAUCUGGACCUGAUGUCAACAAACAAGGGCGCAAGUGGUUGCAAGUUGGAAAUCUGUUAGUCGCAGUGAGGUGUUGUUUUGUACAUUAAUACAGAUGGUACUGUACAUAUUAAUAAAAGUGUAUCCAACUA